AUGUUGAAUUCUUAUACAAACAAAUAAAGGAAGCGGUUUCAAGAGAACAGGUGUCGCUAUCUGGAAUAGGCUUAGCCUGAUGAAAGUGUUUCUUCAAAUACUGAAUUGGAACACUAAUAAUAGGAUAUUCGAGUAAGAUUGGAGAGAACCUCAAAAAAGAAGGUUUCAGUGAAGAUUCGAAACUUGGACAUCGAUAGCGACAUCAUCAAAGAGGAAAAUAGCGAGGACUAUGCUAGUGAGAAAUAAUCUUAAGAUCAAAUGGAUCGCCAAGAAUCUAAUGCAGUUCUUAACUUAAUUCCUGAAGAGGAAAUUGAGAGUCCCUUCAAAACUAGAGCAAAUCAAAACAAAGAAAUGCUUUGGAAGUCUAGUAACCCUGAAAGUCAAAAUAUAGAAGUGUAAUUAUUCAAUACGCCUAAACAACAACAAGGUGGUGCAGAUUCACCCAAAAUUGAAAAUGCUAUAAAAUCUUAUAAAAAUCUUAAUACUAUGAACAGUCUUUACUCUCCAGUAAAAGCAUCUCAUAAACUCAUAAUAAAUGAUGAUACAAUCUAUCAGCAUUACAAUAUAUUUUAAAGGUUAUUCCUUUAUCACAUAUUUUGUUACAUGAAGCAAAUGAAGAAGUUUAUCGAAUCAUCCACUCAAAAAAUCAGCGUGGCUCAACUACCAAAACAAGCAUUUAGAGAUUCAAUACAAUAUAAUUUAAAAAGAGUGUACGAGCAAAUAAAAAAUAAUGUAAAUAUUGUCAUUCAAUACAUUCUUAGGAUUUGUAUAAUUUUAAUAAUCGAGCCCUCUUUAAAUUGUUCUUUUGGUAAGAUAAUAAGUAUGUCACAUUGAUGAUAGUCACCCUAGCGAUGUUUGAGACUUAUUCAAGAUUUAUCAUGGCCAUUCUGACUGAAACCUUGAUAGCCGCAAUUACUGAAAGGGAUAUGAACAGUGCCUAUCUCCAGGCUGUUGCUCUAGCAAUACUCUCAUUGCUUGCUCUAAUGAGUAAGCAUCAAUAAUAGUAUUAAAUUAAUUCAUUAAAUAGGUACUUGAUAAGCAACUUUGCAACAAAAAUAAGGAUGGUUUUCAUCAAUUUAAUUUAUGACAGAAUUAUUGAAUUGAAUUCAACACAGAUAGCAACGUUAAAUGUAGGCAAGAUCAUGAAUCUGGUUAGCAGUGAUCUUAAUGUGAUAGAAUAUCAAUUGACUUUCAUAUAUUAAGUGGCUGUGAUACCGGGUUCAUUGUUAUUCACUUCAAUUAUCUUAUGGGUAUGAAAUUUGUAAAUUUUAGUUAAGAUUUGAAGGGCCUCUAGGAUUGGUAGCUAUAAUCUUCUGCGCUAUUCUCUACCCUUUAUAAAUACUGAUUUAGAAUUUCAACAAGAAACUAUUGCUCCAAACUCGAAAGUUGUAAGACCAGAGAAUUCAAUAAACGAACACUGUCAUUGAAGGAAUUAAGCAUAUUAAAAUGUAUGUAUGGGAGAGGUUAUUUGAGAAUAAGAUCAAUGCAAUAAGAAGGAAGGAGUUUUUCUAUUAUUUGAAUAUUCAUGUUUUAAACUUAUUAGAUCGUUCUUUCAACUUUAGUGUGCACAUCUGGGGAUCAUUUUGCUUCAUUUUAAUAUUGUAUGCCUGUAAUACUCAUUUGACUAUAUCCACAAUCAUGGGAACCAUUUAACUCAUGUCUAUGAUAAAAUACUAUUGCAUCUUUUAAGUAUCUUAUGCUUUUCAAGCUCUCAUGAAUUUCAGUGUCAUAUUCUCAAGAGUUUCCGAAAUACUGAGACAGCAAUCAAACAAUAUUACCACUAUUGAUCAGUUUAGAACUACUUUUACUACUUAUGAUACCCAACAUCAACCAAUGCAAUAAUUAUUAGUGGAUAGAACUCGAGGACUCAAUCGCAAAGGCAGUCUAACUCUGCAAUAGACAUCUCUCGUUACUAUAUAUCAAUAUUCUGGCAGAUGGUCAAAGGAUGGUCCUCUGGCGAUCAGUUCAAUUAAUUUGGACAUCAAAACAGGGGAAAUCAUGGGGGUUAUUGGGAAGGUUGGAGCAGGCAAAUCUACACUUCUAGCAGCAAUCCUUUAAGAAUUACCUUAUUACGAAGGAAGUGUAAACCAGUCAAAGAAGUUGAAACUUGCUUAUGUUGAACAAGAACCCUUUAUUUACACUGGAACUAUAAAGGAAAAUAUUUUAUUUGGGAAAGACUAUGACUAAGUACUCUACUUGAAAGUGUUGGAAGUGAGUUGUUUAGAUUAAGACAUCUUAUCGUUUAGACAAGGAGACAAAACAGAAAUCGGUGAAAAAGGAGCCAACUUAUCAGGAGGUCAGAGGGCAAGAUUGAGUUUGGCCAGAGCCUUAUAUUCUUAAGCUGAUUUAUAUCUCUUUGAUGAUCCCCUCUCUGCGGUUGAUUCUAAAGUAGCUGGCAAGAUUUUUGAUAAUGCAAUCAAAGAUUUCAUCUUUAAGUUUCAACCCAAUUACAGGCCUAGUUUAAUUAAGACUCAUUAGGCAUUCAUACAACAAACUCCGUCUGUCAUUUUGGCUACACAUCAAAUCUCGUAUGCCUUAGAAUGCGAUUAUGUAGUUAUUAUGGAUGGGGGUAUGAUUACUCAUUAGGGUCAAAAGAACAAAAUGAAAAAACAUAUCCUAGAAAUUACAAGUGCUCAUACAAGUAACACAAACGUUGAUAAUCCUGUCAGGUCCUUAAAAAUCAGAAGACCUAGUAAAUUGAUAGGUAAGGUAGUCAAUUAGAUGUAAAAGUCAAGUAAAGAUGAAACCUAAGCAUUGUACAUAACUGAGGAUCAAAAUCAAUCUGAUGCUUCUUUUGAUACUUAUAAAAGGUAUUUUAGUUAUUGGAAACCUUUUAUUUUAAUAUUUGUUAUAUUGUUUCAGAAUGUAGCUAGUGAAAUUAUUAAUAAUUACUAUUAUAAAGAAAUGGCUUCAUUUGAUGAAGAUAGAUAAAGAGAGAAUGAUUAAAUAUUUUACAAUGCAGCUAUUUUAGUACUAGCAGCAUAUUUUAAUAAUAUUGUAAAGUAUUUUUUAAAUAUAUUUGGAGUACUGACUUCAAAUAACACCAUUCAUAAUUAAAUGUUAAAAAGGUUGAUUCUAUCGCCUAUCAUUUAUUUUGAUACCAAUCCUUCUGGAAGAUUGAUUAAUCGUUUUUCAACUGAUUUAUCCUUGGCAGAUACUUAAAUACAAUAAACGAUUACGGAUAUAUUUGAAUAAGGAUCGCAAUUUUUGGUAUCUCUUGUCACCAUAGCCAUUCUAUAACCGUACUUUACAUUUGCAGCAAUCUUUACCAUUAUUAGUACAAUUGUAAUUUUUACAAUAACAAGAUCAGUGGUUUCAUAAUUAAAGAUAUGCGAUUUGAUUCAAAGAUCUCCCCUAUUUGAUCAAUUUAAAAUUACUAUUAAUGGAGUCACAUAAAUAAGAAUAAAUGAAAAUUCAUAAUGGAUCAAGGAGAAAUUUAUUAAAUUGUCUAAUCAAUCCAUGCAGGCUAAUCUGAUAUUUUUGUAUUCAUAAAGGUGCUUUGGGUUUUAUAUUGAUUUGUUUGGUUAGUUUGCGAACAUAUCGGGAAUCUUCUUGAUCAUAGGAAUGGUGUCAGAUCCUACCAUUUUCUCACAAGCUUUGUUGUUGCUAUCAACCUUCAACACUUAAGCAGGUACAUUAAGGCAAUUCAUGGCAUUUGAUUCAAUGAUGAAUAGUGUGAAUAGAAUGUUUGAAAUUUGUGAUUUGGAAGUAGAAAAAGAAAAUGCAGCAGGGGAGUUAGAGAUGAAGAACUGGCCAAGGCUAGGUUCUAUCCUCUAUUCAAAUGUUACAAUGCAAUACAGAGAGAACACUCCCUUAGUACUAAAGGGGAUGAACUUUUCAAUAAAGGAUAAAGAGAAAGUUGGGAUAGUUGGUAGAACUGGAGCUGGUAAAUCAUCAGUUAUUUCAAGUCUUUUUAGAUUGAAUUCUAUCUAAAAUAGUGGGUAUUUAAUCUCUCUAUAUUAAAUAGUGUAAUCUCAAUAGAUGAUUAAGAUAUUCGCAAAAUUAACUUAUACAAGUUAAGGAAAGAAAUUAGCAUUAUUCCUCAAGUUCCUUUUCUUUUCAAAGGCACUUUGAGAGAGAAUUUAGAUCCUUUUUAAAAUUUUGAUGAUAAAACUUUGUUGAAUGUUCUAUCGGAUACAGGAUUAGAAGGAUUUAUUUAAUAGCUACCAAAUGGUCUCGAACACUAGAUAGAACCAGAAUUCUUUUCAAUUGGCUAGAAAUAAUUAAUCUGUUUGAGUCGAGUUCUAUUGAACAAGAAGAAGAUUUUGAUUUUAGAUGAAGCGACUGCAAAUCUUGACAUGAUUACUGACUGUUUAAUUUAGACAAUCAUCAAGGGCAAAUUUAAUGAUUGCACAAUAUUCACCAUAGCACAUAGAUUGAACACAAUAGCAGAUUAUGACAAAGUGCUGGUUUUAGAGGAUGGCAAAGUACUUGAGGAAGGACAUCCUUAUGAAUUAUUAGUUCAAAAUCCAAAGGUUUCUACUUACAUAAAUAGCGACUCUGCAUUUGCUAAGAUGGUGCUUCAGACAGGUCAUAAGAACAGUAGCUAAAUUUAUGCAACUGCAAGGCGGAGCUACCUAUAGAAACAUGAGAUUCAGAGUAAAAGUAAUUGUAAUAGCAAUAUAAUGGAUGUAUCUCUUAGCAGUAUUAAUGAAUUCAACAUUUGA